CCCGGCCCCGCCGCCAGCCCGCCCCCGGCCCCGUCCCGCGCGCGGGGGCCGCCGCAGUUCCCGCCUGGGCAACCGCCCCCCGCGCCGCGCGCCGAGUGCCCCGCCGCGAGCGCGGCCCGCCCAACCGCCACGCUGGAGGAGCGCCGCAGGACCGAGCCCCGGAGAAUGGAGGAUGAGGCGGUGCUGGACAGAGGGGCUUCCUUCCUUAAGCAUGUAUGCGACGAAGAAGAAGUGGAAGGCCAUCACACUGUCUACAUUGGGGUCCACGUGCCUAAGAGCUAUAGGAGAAGGAGACGCCACAGAAGAAGACCUGGGCUAAAGGAGAAGAAGGAAAGAGAAAAAAUCUCUGAGUACUACUCCGACAAAUCAGAUGUAGAAAACGCGGAUGAGACGAGCAGCGGCAUCCUUAAACCACUCAUCUCCCCCGCUGCCGAGCGAAUCCGCUUCAUUUUGGGUGAAGAAGAUGACAGCCCUGCACCCCCUCAGCUCUUCACCGAACUGGACGAGCUUCUGGCUGUUGAUGGACAAGAGAUGGAGUGGAAGGAGACGGCAAGGUGGAUAAAGUUUGAAGAGAAAGUGGAACAGGGCGGAGAGAGAUGGAGCAAGCCUCAUGUCGCGACGUUGUCCCUGCACAGCUUGUUCGAACUGAGGACGUGUAUAGAGAAAGGAUCCAUCCUGCUGGAUUUAGAGGCCACUUCUCUCCCUCAGGUAGUGGAGAUGGUUGUUGACAAUCAAAUUGAGACGGGCCUGUUGAAACUAGACAUGAAGGACAAGGUCACCUACACGCUGCUCAGGAAGCACCGGCACCAGACCAAGAAAUCCAACCUACGCUCUCUGGCUGACAUCGGGAAGACCGUCUCCAGUGCAAGUAGGAUGUUUACCAACCCUGAUAAUGCACGCAGCCCACUUGAGAGUUCUGUGCCCUGCCUAGCAACCCGCACGUUGGAUGAUGAAAUCCGAGUGCAGCGCAGCCCCAGCGUGGGAUGGCUAAGCAGUCCAGCCAUGACUCAUAGAAACCUGACUUCCACCAGUCUGAAUGACAUCUCUGAUAAACCUGACAAAGAGCAGCUGAAGAAUAAAUUUAUGAAGAAAUUGCCCCGUGAUGCUGAGGCCUCCAAUGUGUUGGUUGGUGAGGUAGAUUUCUUGGAAAACCCUUUCAUUGCCUUCGUCCGGCUGCAGCAGGCAGUUAUGCUGGGUGCUCUGACUGAAGUCCCUGUUCCUACCCGAUUCCUAUUCAUUUUGCUGGGUCCGAAGGGAAAAGCGAAGUCCUACCAUGAGAUUGGUCGAUCCAUUGCCACUUUGAUGUCUGAUGAGGUGUUCCAUGACAUUGCCUAUAAAGCCAAAGACAGGCAGGACCUGAUAGCUGGAAUCGAUGAGUUUCUGGAUGAAGUCAUAGUGCUUCCACCUGGGGAGUGGGACCCUGCCAUCAGGAUAGAGCCCCCCAAAUCUCUCCCAUCUUCUGAUAAAAGGAAAAACAUGUAUUCGGGUGCGGAGAACAUACAGAUGAAUGGAGACACGCCUCAUGAUGGGGGCCAUGGAGGUGGGGGUCACGGUGACACUGAAGAACUACAACGAACUGGCAGAUUUUGUGGUGGUUUAGUCAAAGACAUAAAGAGGAAAAUACCUUUCUUCGCCAGUGACUUCUAUGAUGCUUUAAAUAUCCAAGCUCUUUCAGCCAUUCUCUUCAUCUACCUGGCCACAGUGACCAAUGCUAUCACUUUUGGAGGUCUGCUUGGUGACGCUACAGACAACAUGCAGGGCGUGUUGGAGAGCUUUCUGGGCACAGCAGUCACUGGAGCGGUCUUUUGCCUUUUUGCUGGUCAGCCACUCACAAUUCUGAGCAGCACAGGACCUGUCCUUGUCUUUGAAAGACUCCUGUUUAAUUUCAGCAAAGACCAUGACUUUGAUUACUUGGAGUUCCGUCUCUGGAUUGGCCUGUGGUCAGCCUUCCAGUGUCUUGUUCUGGUUGCUACUGAUGCCAGCUUCCUGGUCAAAUACUUCACCCGCUUCACAGAAGAGGGAUUUUCCUCCCUGAUCAGCUUCAUCUUCAUUUAUGAUGCUUUCAAGAAGAUGAUCAAGUUAGCAGACUAUUACCCAAUCAAUUCCCAUUUUAAAGUGGACUAUAUCACAUUUUACUCCUGUGUCUGCAUGCCACCAGAGCCAGAUAAUAGUUCAGUAUUUAAUGAGACGACAGCAGCGCCAGUUGAUUGGCUGACCAGUUCCUCUGCUGAGAAGUACAAUAACACGGUCGACUGGCCAUCUCUGACAAAGAAGGAGUGCUGGAAAUAUGGAGGCUACCUUGUGGGCAACAACUGCAACUACGUCCCUGACAUCACCCUCAUGUCUUUUAUCCUCUUCUUUGGCACCUACACCUGCUCCAUGGCCCUGAAGAAAUUCAAAACCAGCCGUUAUUUCCCAACCACUGCCAGGAAGCUCAUCAGUGAUUUUGCCAUUAUCUUGUCCAUUCUGAUUUUCUGUGGAAUAGAUGCCCUAGUAGGUGUGGAUACACCGAAACUAAUUGUGCCAAGUGAAUUCAAGCCAACCAGCCCCCACAGAGGCUGGUUCGUCCCACCCUUCGGAGGGAACCCCUGGUGGGUGUACCUUGCAGCAGCCAUCCCUGCACUGCUGGUGACCAUUCUCAUCUUCAUGGACCAGCAAAUCACAGCCGUCAUCGUCAACAGGAAAGAGCACAAGCUCAAGAAAGGUGCUGGCUAUCAUCUGGAUUUGUUUUGGGUGGCUAUUCUGAUGAUUAUAUGUUCCUUCAUGGCCCUGCCCUGGUACGUUGCUGCUACUGUGAUCUCCAUUGCCCACAUCGAUAGCUUGAAGAUGGAGACCGAGACCUCAGCACCUGGAGAACAACCCAAGUUUCUGGGAGUGAGGGAGCAGAGAGUCACUGGAAUCAUUGUAUUCAUUCUCACUGGUGUGUCAGUCUUUAUGGCUCCCAUCUUGAAGUUUAUACCGAUGCCUGUGCUCUAUGGAGUGUUCCUAUACAUGGGUGUUGCUUCCCUUAAUGGAGUGCAGUUCAUGGAUCGUCUGAAGCUGCUUCUGAUGCCUCUGAAACAUCAGCCUGACUUCAUUUAUCUGCGUCAUGUCCCGCUGCGCCGGGUCCACCUGUUCACGUUCCUGCAGGUGGUGUGUCUGGCCCUCCUCUGGAUCCUCAAGUCAACUGUGGCUGCUAUAAUCUUCCCAGUCAUGAUCCUGGCGCUUGUGGCCGUCAGAAAAGCCAUGGACUACGUCUUCUCCCAGCAUGACCUCAGUUUCCUUGACGACGUCAUUCCAGAAAAGGACAAGAAGAAGAAAGAGGAUGAGAAGAAGAAGAAAAAGAAGAAGGGCAGUCUGGAUAGUGACAAUGACGAUGAGAAAAAUCACCAACAUUCCUUGAACGCCAUACAUCGUGCUGAUAAAAUUCCUUUCCUUCAGUCACACACUAUGCCAAGCCCUCCACGAACUCCAGUGAAAGUUGUGCCUCAAAUUAGAAUAGAACUUGAGCCUGAAGACAAUGGUUAUUUCUGGAGGAGCAGGGGAACAGAAACUACUUUGUAACUUUUUUGUUUGUUAAACUUAUACUGAACUUUUUUUUUGUCACCAGCCAAAUAUUAAAAUGCUCUCUGCUUCCCUGCCGCAUAGGUAAAUCUGACACACACUGUACCUUCCCUCUACCUUUCUCACCCAGUUUUUCCACUCACCAACAUUCGUUUUUGCCUUCUGUCACUCAGACACACACGCAUCUCUCAUUUUUUAAGCAGAGGGCAGAAGUAUUAAGGAUAUAUUAUAAAUACCGUUGUGAAAUGUCAGAGGAACUGACAUUACUUUAGUUGUGAAUCAGUGUUUGUUUUUCUUUUUUUCUGUCUGGCAGAACAAAACUGACCUCCAGGCUAAUUCAAUGUCUUUACUACACUACUGGAAAGUGCUGCUAUACUAACUUGCUCUUAAAGUCUAUACUUGUAGUGUCAAGAGAAGGAAAACUUAAAGGUACUUCACUCCCAGCACAGA